UUCCAGCUCAGAACUCUGAAGUUAUGAAACGUCGCCCCCUACUGGAACAAACCUCAGUGACAACACAACACCAACAAAUAUGUUCAUUUUAAAACGGAGCACUACUAUAAACAAUACAAAUUAUUGAUUGAAAUAACAUUUUUAAAAAGCAAGAAGAUAAAUAUAUAUAUAUGUGAUAUAUGUGAUAUAUGUGUUAUGUACAGUAGUAUAAAAAUAAACGUAUAACACGUGACACAAUAUUGAACUUCUCUGCAGGGGAACAUGUUAGGAAACGCCUAAUUCUCUGUGUGUUGGUCUCCAUGGAAACGGGAUCAAACACGGAAGUUGUCCCCCAGUCUGCUGCAGGUACAGGUGAGCCGACAGGAUGCCCAGGUUUCAGGAGGUGGAGUCAGGCCAGGCCCCGCCCCCUGGCAGCGGCGGCCUGGUUGCUAAGCGAUACAGCAUCCUGCAGAGCCUGGGCCGAGGCAGUUUUGGUUCAGUUUAUCUGGUUCAGGACACCAAAGCUACAGAUGGAGAACCGCUCGUGCAGGGGGAGCUUCAAGGCAGAAAAAACAACAGUCGCACUGAGCCAGCAGUACACAGAUCCAUCUCACAAGGUGUUGAAACAGAUUCCUCUGGGCGACCUUCGACCUGACGAGACGGUCCGAGCAACGCAGGAAGCCCAGCUGCUGUCUCAGCUGCACCAUCCGGCCAUCCUCACCUUCUACCACAGCUUCCUGGAAAGAGACUCCUUCUGCAUUAUCACUGAGUUCUGCCAGGAUCGGGAUCUGGACUGUAAGCUUGAGGAGGUGAGACGAGCCGGGCGGAGCCUCCCAGAGAUCCAGGUCAUCGAUUGGCUCAUCCAGCUGCUGCUCGGCCUUCACUACAUGCAUGAAAGGCGAAUCCUCCACCGAGAUCUGAAGGCCAAGAACAUCUUCCUGAAACAAAACCUUGUUAAAAUCGGUGAUUUUGGCGUUUCCUGUCUACUGAUGGGAUCAUGUGACCUGGCCACCACCUUCACAGGGACCCCAUACUACAUGAGCCCAGAGGUGCUGAACCACCAGGGAUACGACUCCAAGUCUGACAUCUGGGCUCUGGGCUGCCUCCUCCAUGAGAUGUGCUCCCUGACUCACGCCUUCCAGGGUCCAAACUUCCUGUCUGUGGUGAUGAAGAUCGUGGAGGGAGAAACCCCGACGCUGCCCUCCAGCUACUCUGAGGACCUGAACUCUGUCAUGCAGAGGAUGCUGCAGAAACAACCAGCAUCCAGACCGUCAGGUGCAGAACUUCUCAAGACCACAUUCAUGGAGGAAAACAUGAAGAAAAUGAAGGACAGGUUUGUGUUUGUGUCAUCAGGAGGAGACGAAGAUGCUCGAGUCAUCGCCAAGAACAUGCAGACAAAGGUUCACCUGCAGACGCUGAUGGAGAGGUCAGAGGUCGACAAGAUGACGCCCAGAGAGAGAAUGAGGCUCCGGAAGCUGGAGGCUGCUGACGAGAAGGCAAAGAGACUCAGGAAGCUGGCUGAGGAGAAAUACGAGGAGAUCCACAGCCGCCGGAGAGAACUGAGGAGCCGCCAUUUUGAAAAAGUCAGCCUGGAUGUUCUGAAUCAACAGGAGAGCCGAGAGGACGGAGCCUGUCAGCCAAUCAGCAUCCAGGACCACCGGUCACCAGGAGGGUCGCAGCCAAUCCUGAAGCAGCAUGAAGGCGAGAUGUCUGAGCUGCACGAUAUCCCCGAGGACCCUCAGGCUGCAGAAGCUUAUUACAACCAGGACGGAUUUGAUUCCUAUUCAGAGGACGAAGAGACAACAACACCUGCGGAGACGCUUUACCUGUCUGACCCACAGGUCAGUGACUUGGAGGCCAUGAUGAAGCACAUGCAGAAAGUUCUGGAAGAGGAGCUGAGUGGAGACCCAGCAGAGCCGGAGGACAUUCAGAGCCCUCCGGGGCCCCCGAUGAUCAACAGCAGCCUGCUGGAGACCAGGAUCCAACACCUGAGAGAGGAUGUAAACAGUACGGAAGCAGGUGGAGCCAGUGCAGCAGAGUAUGUAUGUGCAGUACCAGUAAGUAAAGUAUGGCAGCAGUAUAAUAUAGUUAUAAAAUUGUUGAUGCAGCAUAAGAGGGGCUUCAUUUCUUCUAUUCUGACAAUACAGCUGACUUUGCCUCUGUCUUUGCACAACAUUUCUCUUCUGCUGAGUUUCUUCUUUUGGUUUGAGAGGAAUCAGCUCAGACUCGAGCUCUGUCUCUCUGUGAGCAACUGUGAAAGUUUAAUUUAAAAUAAUCCAAUUAUUCCAGACAAACACGUUGCCUGAAGCUGCAGCGUGUCGCCCCGCGUGGAUCAGACUGUGAUAUGAACCAGAUUCAGUUUGUUUGUGCAGAUUAAAAUGAAAGAAAGCAGAGAAAACAAACACACGCUGAGAACAGAGACAUUAAUACAACACAAAGAUCUUUUAAUAACAUCUCCACCGCAAAGAACAAACACCACGACAAACAUUUAGACAAAUUGGAAUCAAGUGUAAAACACACAAAACACAGUACAGGUGUGAACAGAAGAAACUCACUCUCCUCUCCUUUCAUGAGCUCUCACCUGUAACAGGUGUGGGAAGAUUUAUUAUUAUUGAUUUAUCUAAUGAAUGAACACAGGUGUAAAAGUAGUGUGUGGAUAAAAUCAGAACCAGACUGAGUGAAUGAAUGAUGUCAUACAAGAAGCAUGAAGAGCUGAAAACACGAUGAGGAGGCUGUAACCUCCCUCACAUUAAUACAUGAAACUAAACACACCAUCUAGGUUUUUGGCCGUCUUCAUCUCGGUUUUUGGUCGUUGCCAUCUUGGUGUUUUGUAACCAGAAGUGACACGAGAGGGUGGAGCUAAGUACAACCGAACGCUGAAUAAGGUCAUUUGACUAGUACAAAAGAAAAUUGCGAUUGUUGUUAAAGUGACAAAACACGUCAGUGGGGCCGUAAAGUGUGGUCGCAGCUCGCCGUGGUGUUUUCAGCUGAUAAAUUGAUGCAGCUCUUUAGAAUUCAGUGAUUAGUGCUGAGAGAUUAUUUAGACCUGCUUCUCUGCUCUCAUUGGCUGGCGGUGGAAGGUGGGGUCAUCUGAUUGGUGGCAGGUGGCUGGGGUUGAUGAAACUGAGAACCUGCGCUCCCCACUUCGAUUAGGGUCAGCUCGUCGCCAUGGCAACAACAUCAGCCACACACACACACACACACACACACACACAGCUGCUCAGUGUGGGAAUUAA